GGCGAAGACAGCAGGACAAAAACAAUACUAUGGAAAUAAAACAAUCUCGCUCGCAUUGACGCAUUCACGAGUUCCUGUGAGGGGAUUAAAAGCUGUUUAUACCGCUGUGUUUUUCAGACGGUAAAUACAUUUAUUGUAUUAUUUAUCAUAAAUAUACAUCGAAAUGUUUGGUGAAUCAAAAGUGGUUGCCCCAUUAAUCAGUUUAAAAAUUUAGCUAGAUUAGUAAAAUUAGCAAAACACUUACACCUGGAUAAUUGGGAGUGAUUGUAAGUGUGAUGAUCAUCUGCUAAAUGAGCUACAGCGACCACAAUUCACACUUUCAGUCAGUGAAGCCGCUCCCACAGCCAUUCAUGGAAUAUUCCCACAGGAGAAGAACAAGCAAGCAGGAGGAAUUACUGCAGAAUAAACUAGCUACUGACUUGUAAAAUGGAGUUUAAGGAAGAACCCUGCAGAAUAAAAGAUGAAGAUACAGAGGAACAAAUAGACCCGAUGGAAGUGAAUGAAGACAAACGGCAUCAUUUCAAAAAUGAAGAUGGAAACAUAAUUUCACAGACUGAAAAGAAUUUGACACAGAAAAGCACUGGUGAAAAAGAUUCUUUGACCUGCUCUGAGUGUGGAAAGAGUUUAACGCAUAUAUCAAACCUAAAGAGGCACAUGAAAUUUCACACUGGAGAGAAGCCUUAUACAUGCACUCUGUGUGGGAAGAGCUUUGUUCUGAAAGCACACUUGACUAGGCACCUGCGAGUUCACACUGGAGAAAAACCGUUCACAUGCACUCAGUGUGGAAAGAAUUUCACUCACAAAACCUCUCUCAACGCUCAUCUGCGCUCACAUGCUGGAGUGAGAUCAUUCAGCUGUGAUUUGUGCGACAAAACAUUUGUUUUUGACCAAAACUUAAGAGAACACCUUAAACUUCAUGCUGGUUUGAAGCCUCAUGUUUGCUCUCUUUGUGGAAAGAGUUUUUCAGUACUGAAAAGUUUACAAGUUCACCAGACCAUUCACACUGGUGUGAGACCUUAUAUGUGCUUUGACUGUGGAAAGAGCUUUAGUACACUGAGCAACUUUAAAAGACACCUGAGAAUUCAUACUGGAGAGAAACCGUACAAGUGCUCACACUGUGGGAAGAGUUUCUCUCAUUCAUCAUCCUUGAAAGCUCACAAGAGUGUUCACACUGGAGAGAAGCCGCACCAGUGCUCUUCAUGUGGGAAGAGUUUCACCUGCUCCUCUAUUUUAAAAGUGCACGAGCGUAUUCAUACAGGUGUGAAACCUUAUGUGUGCUCUGACUGUGGGAAGAGCUUCACUACAUCAAGCUACUUAAAAACACACCAGAGAAUUCAUACUGGAGAGAAACCGUACGAGUGCUCGCACUGUGAAAAGAGUUUCACUCAGUCUGGAAACCUGAAAGAUCAUGAGAGAGUUCAUACUGGAGAGAAGCCGCACCAGUGCUCUUCAUGUGGGAAUAGAUUCACCCAAUCAUCUUCUCUACAGUCGCAUAAGAAAAAGCAUUGUCUGAAGUUGUGUAAGUGAGCAAAGUUCACAUUCACAUCCAUGAUUUACAAAUAUUGUACCUAAAAAUAAUUUGACUUGUCAGAUUGUUUCAAUAGAGUGAUUUAAUCUAAGAGGGUAAUUUGCUAAAAUCAGUUGUGAAAUUUGAAUCUGGUAACAGUUUGGUCAAGCAUUGCCCUUCUCUGUUCACAACCGCUGUUACAUGAUUUAUAUUGAUAUGAUUCUACUUUACUGGACAUGAACACUUGUUUUGCUGCAUUAAAAUAUAUUUUUUUAUCAGGUGAA